CGGGGUAGCGUCCGCCAGCAGUGUUGUCCAGCGAGCAGCGGUGCGGAGCCCCUCAGCCUCGCGGAGAGCCGGCGUCCCAAAGCGUCGCCGGAGUGGGAGGACGACGAGGAGGCGGAGUGGCGCCUGGAGAGCAAGACACCAUGGCCAAAAUGGAGGUGAAGACGUCACUUCUGGACAAUAUGAUUGGAGUUGGAGAUAUGGUUCUUUUAGAACCUCUCAAUGAGGAAACUGUCAUCAACAACCUCAAGAAGCGCUUUGACCAUAGCGAGAUAUAUACAUACAUUGGAAGUGUGGUUAUAUCUGUUAACCCAUACCGGUCCUUGCCCAUUUAUUCACCAGAGAAAGUGGAAGAUUACAGGAACAGAAAUUUUUAUGAACUGAGCCCUCACAUCUUUGCCCUGUCAGAUGAAGCAUACAGAUCCCUAAGAGAUCAAGAUAAAGACCAGUGUAUUCUGAUUACUGGGGAAAGUGGAGCAGGAAAAACAGAGGCCAGCAAGCUUGUUAUGUCCUAUGUAGCGGCUGUUUGCGGAAAGGGAGCAGAAGUGAAUCAAGUCAAAGAACAGCUUUUACAGUCCAACCCUGUCCUGGAAGCUUUUGGAAACGCCAAGACUGUAAGGAAUGACAACUCUUCUAGAUUUGGCAAAUAUAUGGAUAUUGAAUUCGAUUUUAAAGGCGAUCCGCUGGGAGGAGUGAUAAGUAACUAUCUUUUAGAGAAAUCUCGAGUCGUUAAGCAGCCAAGAGGUGAAAGAAACUUCCACGUGUUCUAUCAGCUACUUUCUGGUGGCUCUGAAGAGCUCCUCAAUAAGCUUAAACUUGAGCGAGAUUUCAGCAGAUACAACUACCUGAGUCUGGACUCAGCCAAAGUGAAUGGAGUGGACGAUGCAGCAAAUUUCAGAACCGUUAGGAAUGCCAUGCAGAUUGUGGGUUUCAUGGAUCAUGAAGCUGAGUCUGUCUUGGAGGUGGUGGCGGCAGUGUUGAAGCUGGGGAACAUUGAGUUCAAGCCUGAAUCUCGAGUGAAUGGUUUAGAUGAAAGCAAGAUCAAAGAUAAAAAUGAGUUAAAAGAAAUUUGCGAGCUGACUGGCAUUGAUCAGUCAGUUCUAGAACGAGCCUUCAGUUUCCGAACAGUUGAGGCCAAGCAAGAGAAAGUUUCAACUACACUGAACGUGGCUCAGGCUUAUUAUGCCCGUGAUGCUCUGGCCAAAAACCUCUACAGCAGGUUGUUUUCAUGGUUGGUAAAUCGAAUCAAUGAAAGCAUUAAGGCACAAACAAAAGUGAGAAAGAAGGUCAUGGGUGUUUUGGACAUUUAUGGCUUCGAAAUUUUUGAGAAUGCAGACAACAGCUUUGAGCAGUUCAUUAUUAAUUAUUGUAAUGAAAAGCUGCAACAAAUCUUCAUUGAACUGACUGUUAAAGAAGAGCAGGAGGAGUAUAUACGGGAGGGCAUAGAAUGGACUCACAUUGAGUACUUCAAUAAUGCUAUCAUAUGUGACCUGAUAGAAAAUAACACAAAUGGAAUCCUGGCCAUGCUGGAUGAGGAGUGCCUAAGGCCCGGCACCGUCACCGACGAGACCUUCUUGGAAAAGCUGAACCAAGUGUGCGCCACCCACCAGCACUUUGAGAGCAGGAUGAGCAAGUGCUCCCGGUUCCUCAAUGACACGUCCCUGCCUCACAGCUGCUUCAGAAUCCAGCAUUAUGCUGGCAAGGUACUGUACCAGGUGGAAGGAUUUGUGGAUAAGAACAAUGACCUUCUCUACCGAGACCUGUCCCAAGCCAUGUGGAAGGCCAGCCACGCCCUCAUCAAGUCUUUGUUCCCUGAGGGGAACCCUGCCAAGAUCAACCUGAAAAGGCCUCCUACAGCUGGCUCCCAGUUCAAGGCAUCUGUGGCCACUCUGAUGAAAAACCUCCAGACCAAGAAUCCAAACUACAUUAGGUGUAUCAAACCGAAUGAUAAAAAAGCCGCACACAUCUUCAACGAGGGUCUGGUGUGUCAUCAGAUCAGGUACCUGGGUCUUUUGGAGAAUGUCCGCGUGAGGAGGGCGGGCUAUGCCUUCAGGCAGGCCUACGAACCUUGCCUGGAAAGAUACAAAAUGCUUUGUAAACAAACAUGGCCUCAUUGGAAAGGACCAGCAAGAGCUGGUGUGGAGGUUUUGUUUAAUGAAUUGGAGAUUCCUGUGGAAGAAUACUCCUUUGGUAGAUCAAAGAUAUUCAUUCGAAACCCAAGAACAUUAUUCAAGUUGGAAGACCUGAGGAAGCAGCGUCUUGAGGACCUGGCCACCCUCAUUCAGAAGAUUUAUCGGGGGUGGAAAUGUCGCACACACUUCCUCCUGAUGAGAAAAAGCCAAAUCGUGAUCGCCGCCUGGUACAGGAGAUAUGCGCAACAAAAGAGGUAUCAACAGAUAAAGAGCUCAGCCUUGGUAAUUCAGUCUUAUAUCCGGGGUUGGAAGGCCCGAAAAAUCCUGCAGGAACUGAAGCAUCAAAAGCGCUGUCAGGAAGCAGCCACCACCAUUGCAGCUUAUUGGCAUGGUACCCAGGCGCGAAGGGAACUGAGCCGGCUGAAGGCGGAGGCUAGGAAUAAACAUGCUAUUGCAGUUAUUUGGGCUUACUGGCUUGGAUCUAAGGCUCGAAGGGAGUUGAAACGCUUGAAGGAAGAGGCUAGGCGUAAGCAUGCAGUUGCUGUCAUUUGGGCUUACUGGCUUGGACUGAAGGUGCGCAGGGAGUACAGGAAAUUCUUCAGAGCCAAUGCUGGAAAGAAAAUUUAUGAAUUUACGCUUCAGAGAAUUAUGCAAAAAUACUUCUUGGAAAUGAAAAAUAAGGUGCCUUCCCUAUCUCCUAUAGACAAGAAUUGGCCAUCAAGACCUUACCUAUUCUUGGAUUCUACUCACAAGGAGCUAAAAAGGAUUUUCCACUUGUGGAGGUGUAAAAAAUACAGGGACCAGUUCACAGACCAACAGAAACUUAUUUACGAAGAGAAACUAGAAGCCAGUGAACUCUUCAAAGACAAGAAGGCUCUAUACCCAUCUAGUGUUGGGCAACCAUUCCAAGGGCCUUACCUGGAAAUCAACAAGAAUCCCAAGUAUAAGAAACUCAAGGAUGCCAUUGAAGAAAAGAUUAUCAUUGCUGAAGUUGUGAACAAAAUUAACCGUGCUAAUGGGAAGAGUACAAACCGGAUUUUCCUCUUGACAAAUAAUAAUCUUCUUCUUGCUGAUCAAAAGUCUGGGCAGAUCAAGUCAGAGGUUCCCCUGGUGGAUGUAACCAAAGUAUCAAUGAGCUCGCAAAAUGAUGGCUUCUUUGCCAUCCACCUCAAAGAGGGCUCUGAAGCAGCAAGUAAAGGAGACUUUCUCUUCAGCAGUGAUCACCUGAUUGAAAUGGCCACCAAGCUCUACCGGACGACUCUCAGCCAAACCAAACAGAAGCUCAAUAUUGAAAUUUCCGAUGAGUUCCUGGUGCAGUUCAGACAGGACAAAGUAUGUGUGAAGUUUAUUCAGGGCAACCAGAAAAACGGGAGUGUCCCAACGUGCAAGCGAAAAAACAACCGUCUCCUUGAAGUUGCUGUUCCUUAACUGGCGCCUCUUCUCUGCUUCCAUGGACUUGUUUCUUUGUAAUAGUGCAAUUCGGUUUUGUUUUGUUGGGGGUUCAUUGUAUGUUGGGGAAUUGCCAAAGGCCAAUACUGUUAGAGUCCCUUGGCAAAAUAAAAAGAUUUGACUAA